GUCUGACCAAUGUCUCGUGAUAUCACGUACGCUGCCGAACUGUCCAGACUAACUUCCUGCUCCUAAAAUUUGUUUACGAUUUCAGUGUUUCACAGUUUUUCAAUUAUGUCGUAAUCAAAAGUGUGAUGUGUCAGCCAUGGGCAACUGUUUCAGCAAUGAGGAAAAGAAACCGAGGGAAAGCACCCUCCCUUCCCAUCAGGAUUUGAACCGAUCACAGCAGGUGCCAGUCUCCCCUAACAAUGUAAAUGUGUCCAUCAACGACCCCGUCAGACCUCUACCGUCUACACCGAAAGUGAAGGAUGGCCUGACUGUACGUGCCUUGUAUGACUUUGAUGCCAUCAAUGAUGAUGAUCUCAGCUUCCGCAAGGGAGAUAAGUUGGAAGUUGAUGAGGAAACAAGUCAGAACUCCGAUUGGUGGGUUGCCACUCAUCUGGCCUCCGGACAGAAGGGCUACAUUCCCAGUAACUACGUCACCAAGGAUGACAACUCACCACAGUCACAGGACUGGUGGUAUAACGUGGAGAGGAAAGAAGCUGACAAACAGCUACUGUUGCCUGGCAACCCGACCGGAACAUUUCUGGUCCGCGAGGCCGGAGAUCGGGCCUCUUAUGUGCUUUCUGUGAGAGAUUACGACCCCAAGUCAAAUGACGCCUGUGUGAAACACUACCGAAUACGCCGCCUUGACAAUGGAGGGUUUUACAUCAGUCCAAAACGUACAUUCGAAAAUAUGCUGGAUUUGACGGGCCACUACAGAAAUGCUGCUGAUGGGCUGUGCUGUAAGCUGGACAUUGCCUGCCCAAAGAUCAGGCCUCUCGUACAGUUCAGGGAACUGGAGGUUGCCAGAGAGUCGGUGAAACUCCUCAAGAAACUUGGAAGUGGCUGCUUUGGGGAGGUUUAUGCAGGCAAGUGGCGUAACACUGUGGAUGUGGCUGUAAAAACAUUGAAGCAGGGCCAGAUGACGGUGGACGCCUUCCUUGAGGAGGCCAAACUUAUGCACCAGCUCAGACACUCCAAACUCGUCCAGCUGAUGGCCGUGUGCACGAAGACAGAGCCCAUCUGGAUCAUUGCAGAGCUCAUGUCGAACGGCGCCUUGCUCGACUACCUCCGAAAAGAUGAGGGCAAGCACCUCACAUUCAAUAUCCUUGCUGAUAUGGCUGGACAGAUUGCUGACGGCAUGGCAUACCUGGAGAUCGAGAACUUUGUUCACCGGGAUCUGCGGGCAGCCAACAUCCUGGUCGGGGAGCACAACGAGGUCAAGGUCGCUGACUUUGGGCUAGCACGACUCAUACAAGAGGACAUCUAUGAGGCACAUGAAAAUACAAAGUUCCCAAUCAAGUGGACGGCACCAGAGGCUGCAUUUGACCGGAAGUUCAGCAUCAAGUCUGAUGUGUGGUCGUUUGGCAUUCUGCUGUAUGAACUGAUAACAUUUGGGCGCGUACCCUAUCCAGGCAUGAAUGGUCAUGAGGUGUUGAACCGGGUAGAGAAGGGUUACCGUAUGCCGAAGCCCACGGGUGGGCCCGUAAUCUGCCAGGAGCCCUACUACGAGCACAUGAUGAAGUGCUGGAAUCGUAACCCGGAGAACCGACCGACCUUCGCCUACCUGCAGGACUUUUUCAACAACUACCUGGUGGCUGCCGAGGGGGAGUACAAGCCCAUGGAUUAAUGGAUGUGCGCGUGGGGUCCAGCCUUAUAGAACUCUGUGUUAUGGGGUUGGGGUGGGGUCUCUGGCUUGGUUUCUGAUCUUAUACUGUUCUUAUUGCUUUAUAGAUAAGUUUUAUAUGUUGUUGUUUUUUCGAAAAAUAGAACAUUGAAGAAAGCAGUGAGAGUAUUUUUUGGUUAUUGCAAUAGGAAAUAGUCCAGACUUUUUUUCUGCAUAUGUGAUCAGAACUAUUCUACUGAUAAUAAUAUUUGACAUGAUUAUCUGAUAUGCAGAGACUUGUAUAUGAAAUGUCUUUCUCAGUGAACAAAUUUGAUCUUGACUCUUGGUUCUGUGUGUAUUUUGUCUAGGUAUGUAGAAUUAACCUCAGGUUGUGAAAGUUGAUAGCUGCUUCAUUUUGUUAGGAAAAAGGCUGAAUAAAACAUCAUUUGGAGCUGUCAAAUACAUUUUGAAACUUAAAGUAGCAUUUGCUACUGAUAAUGAAAUCCUCAGUGAACCAUGAGAACCAAAAACAGGUCUGGUAGUUAAAUUUCAAAAUGGGCAGAUUUGGGCAUUCUGUGAAAUAUUUUGUUUGCACAAAAUUAUUAACUAUCUUAAAAGAACAAAUGAUCUUGAAAUCAUUUUACAUUGUGAGCACUUCCAUUCUAUUUUAAGCCACAGAAAACUGAUGUGUCAUAGUUGGUACAUUACAUCCCAUCUACAACAAGACCUAGUUCUGCUAUAGUUGAUAUGCUGUAUACCGGUAUGUACUUAAGUUACUGGUGUUUAAAAAACUGCAAUGAAAUAAUCACAUCGAAACAGGUUUUCCCAGUAAAUUCAAAUUAUGAUGUAGAUUGUAGUUAGAGGGUUCUUAUCCUAUUUCCGUGUUGUCUUGACUGUGCAAUCUAUGUGGGUGUCUUGGUCUCUCCUUGUGUAAACAGAUUUGUUCGUACUCAGAUUGUAGUUUACAAAAACAGAAUUCACUCAUCCAUCCAAUUUUGGUAUCAUAUUUUGCUGCCAUUAUUCAUUUAAUGCUUUUGGAAGUUAGUUACAUACAUUUCGCCUGAUAAUUGAUCAUAAUCAGUAACAUUUACAUCAAUUGAUGAUUUUUGAAUAAUAUACGACACUAAAGGGAGAUUAAAUGUAUGCCACUGAAUGUUGGUUUUUCUAUGCAUUUAUAUUGUUUGUAAUCUAAUUAAACCUAUUUAAUAUUUCUAGCUAUUUAUAAUGUACAUUGUUAUUCAUAUAGUAUUAUUGUGAUGGUUAAGAUUCAUUUUGAAACAUCUUUUUUAGAAAAUUUAUUUAUUAUUUAUAAAAGAAGCAAUUUUGACAAAGGUACUUUUAUAAUGGUCGGAAUUUUCACGUUCAAACAACUACAGUAAUUCUCCUCAUUUUGGGACUUCAGUUUAAGAUGCAAAACAAUCAAAGUAACCUAGAAUAGUUUGAAUGGUCAUGUGUGAUUUUACAGGUUUAUUCUGUGUUGAGUCUUUGUAUGUUCUCUUCUCUAUUGUCCUUAUCUCGUGUUAUAAUCUGGUAGGUAAGGAGUAUUUACCAAAAUUGUUCUUUAUAAUAAUACAUUCCUGUGUACAUAGUGCGUUAUUAUAUAUAAAUAAUUAUAUGUUUAGUUUGUUUUCUCUGUUGACUGCCACUAUAUAUGAUAACUUUAGCUGGCAAAGUUGUUAGAAUUUUUUUGUUUUAAAAUGCGAAAUCUUUAUAAUCAAAGCUGUUCAUAUCAUAGAGUAGAGAUUUUAAUAGUUUUAGAAAUAAGUUUUAGCAUUCCAGCAUUUGCAUCGGAACAAAGUAUUUUUAUCCUUUAUAUUAUACAUAAUUGGCCUAAAGCCUUUGUGAAAUUUGCCAUACUUUGACAUGAAAUUGUGAAAUCUUAUUAGAUUCUCUGCAGUGACAUUACUGAGUAUAUGUACUGGAUGUAUGUUUAGCUAUCACUGUAUUCACCUGUGGCCUAUGAUACACAAUAACAUAUCUGACUUAUCAUUCCUAAUUGUUGUUUCUGGAAACACUUUAUUGUACACAUGUCUACAGCUAUGUAUAUAACAUUUUUUAUAAUCAUUCAUAAAAGUAUUUUUAAC